AUGGAAAUCGCCCCUGAUUUUUUUGAUUACUUUGAGGCUUCAGCAGCUCUUCUUGACAAGGAUAAGUACGAGAAUCAUAAAGGUCGACAGUUCAUUCGUCCAGAAGUGUGCAGAACAUACAACUUCGGUGAGCAUGACAAGUAUACAAAUCAUUUUGCUGAGAUUGUGAGAAAAGCUAAACCUGUCCAAGGAACUGAUGCUGUUCUUAAGGCCUAUAAUAUAGAGGGUGAUGUGCGUAUCCAGUACAAGGACCAAUCAAACUUUCAAUGGAUUGCACGCCAGUUUGGUAUUUUCGAAGAGUGGAAGGAUGGAAUACCAAGGACAUCAUUUAAAGGAGUAGUUGUUUUCAGAUACCAAACAACAAGACGUAUAUUCCUUGUUGGUCCAGAUUCUCUGAGGCAACUUGGGAUCAAAGAUGCUUGA